AUGCUGCCUGCUGUUGUAAAGCUCUGCUGUGGAAUCUCCUACCCACAUCUGAGGAGUAUGACAGGACUUCAACGCACAGCUGUGGCAGUGAUAGGCCAGGAGAUGACACACUUAAAGCGACGGGGACAGAUUCACAAUUUCGUCCGGAUGCAUUCUGCUUUAAAUCAGACCGAACCCAAACAAAGAGAUAUGAAGCCUUCCCCGACGAAAGAUCAGCUGUUCUCAUCUUAUGUGCAACAAGGUCAAGACGCGAUGCAGAAGGCUCUUGAUAUGUUGAGCAAAACAGAAGGGUGGAAGACUGAAAUCACAGAGAGCAACGGUGUGGAAAUCUGCAGCAAAGUGAUGGCAGGUACCAGGAAGGUGUUCAGACUACAGGUGGUCCUGGACGCCGACGUGGACGAGCUCUACGACAUCCUGUUCGUCAGAGUGGAAGAGAUGCACCAGUGGAACCCGAGCAUCCAGCAGGUUAAAAUUCUUCAGCGGGUCGGGCCUGAAACCAUCAUCACCCAUGAGGUUUCUGCAGGAACAGCGGGUAAUCUGAUUGGCCAGAGGGAUUUCCUGAGCGUUAGACACAGCUGCAGGCAAAGGUCGUGUGCUUAUCUGGGAGGAGCCGCCAUUCAGCUGGAGUCCCUCCCACCUCAGACUGGAUUUGUGAGGGCUGAGGAUGGACCGACCUGCAUCAUUAUCGAAGCUCUGGAUGAGGAUUCAAGCAGAAGCAGAUUCACGUGGCUCCUAAAUAUGGAUGUAAAGGGCUGGCUUCCGACGUCUCUUGUCAAUCAGGCUCUGCCCCGCGCACAGCUGGACUUCACCAGACACCUCCGCAGACGCCUCGCAGCAGGGGGCGCUCACGGUCGACCGAGCCCCAGCGACGCCCACAGCGCCGGCGCCUCGGCACCACCCACUGAGGAACGCUCUAUGACGGGCGAGCGGUGA